AUGAAUGACAAAGUGGAUAAGCUGGUCAUCUUCCUAGCAAAGAGAGAUGGCAUAGACAAGCUAGUGAAGACUUUCCAGUAUGUCUCUAAGCUUGUUCACUGGAGAGUUGAAACCACCCAUCCAGACCUUGCUCAAAGAUUCAAACAGUGGGAGGUCUCAUCUGGACUUGGUCAUAAAGCAUUCCGAUCAGGUCGUUUCCUCACUGGCUUCAAUGCCAUCUGCAGAAACCCAGGCUCCACCCCAGGUUUCCGUGUUCUUGCUGUUCUUGCCAAUGCUGGAGAGAUGGUCUACUUCUUCUUUGACCAUUUUCUAUGGUUGUCGAGGAUUGGAGUGAUAGUUGCACAGCUAGUCACGAAGAUGAGCUUCAUAUCCGCCUUUGGAGAGGCCUUGGGUUAUGUUUCCUUCAUCAUAUCUGACUUCAUUAUCAUUAAAAGGGGAAUAGCAGUACAAAGAAGGCUCUCUCUGCAGUCACCUGGAUUGAAUGAUAGCACUACAACAGAGAAAGAUAUGGAGACAAAGGAAAGUUUGAAGAAGAUCAGAGCCGAUAGGGUGAUGAGGCUGAUGGCUGUGGCUGCCAAUGUUGCUGAUCUAGUUAUUGCACUGGCAGACAUGGAGCCUAACCCAUUCUGCAACCAUGCGGUCACUUUGGGUAUUAGUGGGUUAGUCUCUGCAUGGUCUGGUUGGUAUAGAAAUUGGCCUUCAUGAAG